UAUAACAUAUAUAGCUCGUGCGUGAUCUGUUCAUUUUCUCGUGCUCGUUUUACGUGUGGAACAGCUUCGACCGUGACUGGGAGGCCUGACUGACUUCGACCUGACAAGGGUGGGAAAUGAGUAACGCCCCAGCAUGUCAAACCGAAGCAAGCUUGUCGCCACCUCAAAAGCUUUGUAGCAGCGCCGAUGAAGCCGUCAGGGAGUCCAAAGACGGCUACUCCUACCCUGAUGACCGUGCGGAACCAUCUGAAGCAGUUGUAGCACAAGAUGGCACAACUGUCAACGAUGCCGGAGAAAUGUUAAAUGAGCGCCACCUGCUAGAGGACAAUGACGAGGUGGAUCGCAAGGACUCGGAAAUUCAAAAACUUCGAAAGGAGGUCGCUUUAUUGACGGACCAACUUGAACAGGUGAAGCGUCAUGACGCGGAGCCGUUGCACCAGAAAACGUUGGAAUUAGCGGCGCUACGAAGAGAACAAGCGACUCAAAGCGAGGAAGUGUACAGGCUCACUCAAGCUGUUUUUAUAAAGCACGAAAUCAUUGAGAACCUGAGGAAACAAUUGCACCAGGCGCGCGAGCAGCACUCUGCCGCUGAACGGUCACUAAAAGCGUCCUACGAUGAACUGUCAGACGAAUACAACGAGAUGAGCAUCUUGCUGGCAAAAUAUGAAGCGAGGGAUCUCGAACUUCACGGGCGUUUAGAGAAGGAAAUGACGCUACGCAUUUCAGCAGAAGAAAACUUGGAAAGGCUGCGUGCAGGAACAGUGAGACCAAAGGAAUCGGGAACAGAGCUCCUGGUGCAAAGUUUAGAUGAUGCGGUAGGCAACGUCGAUGCAGAUGUGCCGGAAAUGUGUGAAAAUAAUGCGUCAGAAAAGAAAUGUGGAGACUGCGAGGUCGUACAGCGACACGACGACGAUGAGGAAACGCUGCAGCAAGCCCAGUGUUCCCAGCCGAGCCCAGAAAAUCCCUUCUUGGAAGACAAGGAGGCACGUGCAACCGUGAGCAUGGAAAGCCAUUCCCCGCUGGCCAUUCAGGAAACGACUGGUCACACUGAGACGUCAGCUGACUCGAACAAAGAUGUUUCAGACGAAGAUAAUCAACUCAACAAUGCUAUUAACAAGAGGCGGCACGACGAAAAGGGACUUCAGUUCACGGCGUUCAUUCCGUCAUGUAGUUCUGGGCACGACGCCGCGGAGGAGGCAGGAGCUCAUGAAGUCCAGGAAGGGAACGAAGAUCUGCAAGACGUGCUCACCAAGAGCAGCGAAGAAAGCGUUUUCGCGGUGGUUCCCGUGGAGGCUAACAAUGUCUUUCUCUCUGCGGGAGUGCAGGACCUGAACAACAGGUGCGCAGCAGCUGAACAAAAACUGCAAGACGUUAAGCUGUAUCACAUGCAAGUAGUCGAAAAUCUAUUGGAAGACAAGUAUACCAUUGAAAAGUCCCAUAGUCAAGCUCUGGCUGAAGCUGUAGAGCUCAAACUGAAUUUAGAAUCAGCAAAUGCACAGCAUGCUGUAGAUCUCGCUGAGAAGCAAGCUAAAAUUCAAUACGUUUCCGAGGAACUCGCGGAAGCUCGUAAUGAGCUGCGAAAUCUGUCGGAAAAUGCGUUACGUCUUAAUAGGGAACUGACUGCGAAGCAAGCCGAACUAGAGGAAGUUCGGAAAUACCUCGCUAUUUGGAACGAGUUUUCUCCUGUAAUCUCUCUUCACUACUGCCUGAUAAAGAGCAAGCUGGAGUCCCUGUGUGCACAGCUCAAAGUAUGGAAAGAAUCCUCAGCUUCACAAUUGGAGGAACAAGUUGCGCAGACGAAAGCUGUGACGUCAAAGCUGGAAUCUGCGCAGGAAGAGAUCGACCGAAUGACGAAAGAACGAGGCGACGCAUCUGCAAAGAUUCAGGCGCUCCAGAUGCAGGUGGCAGAGCUUACGGGUAGACUUGCUGCCGCUGAAGAGCAGAAAGAAUACUUGGAGCAUGAGUUGAACAGGGCGACACGUUCCAGUCAAAGCAACGCACACGAACGGGUGCUUCUGGAGAGUGAACUGGCGAUCCUGCGAAGGCGGUUACGGGAGGAGGAACGGAGCAGUGCCAAAGAACUCCGCACAGAGGAACUGGAAGCACAGCUAGCAGGUCUGAAGUUGGACUUAGAACAAUCCCAGACAGAAGCAACAGAAGCAUGGACGCACCUCGAGAACUCUUACGAACAACUCCGUCAGUCGAGGGCAUUCAUCGCUUGGCUACACGCACGUAUGCGUCGGUACAAGAACCGACUUGCAGAACCGCACGACGACAUUUUCGUGGAGCAGCCUACCACGUAUGAAACUGGAGAUUCUACCCCAGAUGCGUUUCGUGGAACCUCUGUGGCGGCAUGCGCCAAACUCCAAUCCAGACGCCCGUCUGGAAGGCGUUAUACCGUAACAGCAUCUGCUGCGCAUUCAGCUGGGGCAUACACAUCUGUGGAGAACACGCCGACUACAUCAACGAAGCUUUUAACCAGCCCCGAACGGACCAGAUCCGCGUUGAAUGUAGCGCCAAUUCCGAAGAGCCUUCAGCCUCAGCGAGUGACGAGAUUCCCAGUUACGUCAAAGGUUGAAGCCAGAUCUCCAUCGCUAUUAGCGCGUAGGAGAAGGCUGGCACGUGUAAUGCAAGCUACCUCGACGACGAUGUCGUCUCUGUACGGAUCUACAGACAGGACACGGUCGCACGGUCGAACUCCUUCAGGGACAAGGGAAGAAACUUGCGUACGACAGGCAUCUUUCAUGCGUCCCAAGAACCAGGAUGACUGUGAUGUGCAGUAGGAAGAUGUUGGUCCAACAACAUAUUAGUAAUUUUAAAAUUUAUGUGGUCGGCGCAGUGGCUGUGUUUUUUACAGAAAACACUGCAUGCACUUAUGCAUACUUCCACACAAAUUAUCCGAAUCCAAUUUUUCUGUAGAUUACAUUUUCUGUCGAAUGGAAUCUAUCACUUCACGAGUGCUGCUCCAGAAUAAAAAUGAAAUUUCUAGCACAUAAGAUGUGUUACAAAAUAAAGUGAGAGUUCAUGUACAACA